AUGCCGCGCCACUACGUGUUUCGAGAUUUAUGGGAAGCGGAUUGGCUGCCUUGGUGCCGUCGGUACGUCCUCGACAAGCUCGCUGAAAGCGGGCCCGAUAAACUGCAUGAAUGCUUAAGAAACGACCACGCCCUGCGGGUCGCUGGGGCGGAGGCGUGGAGCGCGCUGCGCGAUCACAAACUCGCUAUCGGCUGCGACGGUGCGUAUGUCGCGAGUUGGACGCCGCCGUAUGGUUGGGACUGGGGCCCGCGACUUUGGGUAUUCCCUAUGAAAAAAUGUAUUCGCGUGCGCAUCACGGAGCUGGCGUUGGCGCCGGCGCCGGCGUCGUCCCUCCCGCGCUUCGAGCUGCCGUGUCCAACGUCGCACAGCGGUUUCCAUAUGUUCGUCGGCUUUAUUGACGACGCAACGACCGCUACGUGGCUCACGCACGUGCGAAUCGCUCUCACACGAAACGGAAAAGAUUUCGAACCUUCGCACGUCGAGCGACGAGCGACGGCGGACACGAGCGGUUCAAAACGCGGACGCGAAGAGGAAAAUGACAUUACCGAGGAUGUGGAGGGCGUGCGCUUUGUUUCGUCGCCGGCGACAUACAGGUUUCGGGUGAAAAUCCAUGACGACGACGCCGUCGUGGCCCGCGUCACGACCCGCGUUCUCCCGGACGGCGUCGUGGUCGUCGGACAGGAGCCAGCGCGGGUGAACGCUAUUUGUUUCGAUCGGUCCAUGGGACAAUUGGGAGGGAGAGGCGACGAGGAGGGGCCACUGCACUACGAUGUGCCACCGCAAGGUCGCGGCAAAACCGCCAAGGUCUUCAUCGCGCUUGAGCGCGGGGCGUGCGUCGCGCUGAGGGGUCGGGCGACGAAAAGUAUUCGACGCAUUUUCAUCUCCGUUGGCGCGGCCUUGGUCGUGAGCGGGGACGUCGCGCACGCGUACGGCGGGUCGUUGGAUCCCCGGGAAACCACGAGCACGAUUUUGUACCUCCGCGCGUCGAUCGACGCCGACGUCGCGAAGAGCGUGGACGACGCGUCGGUCGAGGGAAAGAAAUACUUUGCGCUCGAUGACGCCGCGUGA